AUGUCCCCAAGUGCUUUCCUUAUGCUAGUCAUGCUCAUGGCUUUAGCCAUUACUAGGGUAACACCAUAUGAAAAUGACUCAUUUCUUAAUGAUGAGGAUAGUGCUACAAAGCAAAACAACCUUGAUGAUGCUCCUUUCUCUGAAACCCAAGAACCGAUUUCUCUUCGAGGAACAAGUCGCUUCCUUGCUCAAAGCUCCCGGGUCGUGAUGACAUGUAACAAGUACCCUAGGGUUUGCCAUGCUAAGGGCAGCCCAGGGCCAGAUUGUUGCAAGAAGAAAUGUGUGGAUGUGAGGGUAGACAAACUUAAUUGUGGGAGGUGUGGGAAGAAAUGCAAGUACACAGAGAUAUGCUGCAAAGGUGAGUGUGUGAACCCAAUGUCCAACAAGAAGCAUUGUGGAAACUGCAACAACAAAUGCAAGAAAGGGACUUCCUGUGUGUAUGGGAUGUGCAGCUAUGCAUAA